UCAGAAGGGGAUCAAAUGGAAUAUUACUCUUGCCCAAAACAGAUACCAAAUAGGCCCGGCCCACUAAAGCUCUUAUCCUCGUUUUCUGGCACAUUAGAGUGGGAAAAUCUAGUACCGAUAAACGAAGGAGAGGGUUAUCAUUCAGAAAGCAAAGGCAAAGGCAAAGUAAAUGAACCUAUGAACCCCCUCUGCAACGCAAUAGCAGUAGGAAGCCUCCCCUUUAAACCACUUCUUCCUCCUCCUCUCUUCUGCUGCCCUCACACUCACACUAAUAAGCUCCAUUCCUCCCAUUCUUCCUUUCUCCGACUGCUAGACCUUCCAUCAAACACUUACUCCGCAACACUACCUGAUAGGUUCAAUUUCAGAUGGCCAAUCAGAGCCUGCCACGCCGCCGACAUCGAUAUGGUCAAGAACAAGCAGGGUGUCUACGCCCCCAAGCAGAAGAAAGUCGUCAUCCUCUGGGACCUUGACAACAAGCCCCCUCGUGGACCUCCCUACCAGGCUGCCAUGGCGCUCAAGCAGCUCGCCCAACGCUUCGGCGACGUCGUCGAUGUCUCCGCCUAUGCCAACCGACACGCCUUCAUCCACAUGCCCCAGUGGGUCCUCGAACAGCGCCGGGAGCGCAAGCAACUGGACAUACUGGAGCGCAAGGGCGUGGUCUCACCCUCCGAGCUUUACGUUUGUGGGGUCUGCGGCCGCAAGUGUAAGACCAAUUUGGACCUCAAGAAGCACUUCAGGCAGCUCCACGAGCGCGAGCGCCAGAAGAAGCUGAACAGAAUGCGAUCGCUCAAGGGGAGGAAACGCCAGCGUUACAAAGAGAGGCACAUAUCAGGGAACCACAAGUACAAUGAGGCGGCGAGGACCAUAGUCACACCAAAGGUUGGGUACGGCUUGGCUUCGGAAUUGAGGCGUGCUGGGGUUUUUGUGAAGACCGUGCAGGAUAAACCGCAGGCGGCGGAUUGGGCAUUGAAGAGACAAAUGCAGCACUCGAUGAGCCGAGGGAUUGAUUGGUUGUUUUUGGUCUCUGACGAUUCGGAUUUCUCGGAGAUGUUGAGGAGGGCCAGGGAGGCGAAUUUGGGGACGGUGGUUGUUGGGGAUUGGGACAGGGCAUUGGGAAGGCAUGCUGAUGUGUGGGUUUCAUGGAUGGGCGUUGAGAAUGGCGAGGUUUCUGAGGAGGAUUUGGUGCCCAGAAAUAGGAGAAGAAGCGGCAUAUAUGAUGGGGAUGGUAAUGGGUUAUUUUCUGUUAAGGGGUUAGAUGAUGAUGACGAUGGUGAUGAUGGUCAUUUGGAUAGCGUACUCGAUGAACUUGUAGUGGCAAGGUCCCAGUUUAAUGGUAUGAGGAUUUCCGUCUUUUCAGAAGGAGAAGAGGAAGAGGUAGAUGUUGACUUUAUGACAGAAGAAAUAGAUGAGGACUAUCUGCUGGAGGAUAGUGACGAUGAAGAAAUGGAUGAAGAUGAGAAUUUUUGAUAUGGAAAUUAAGGAAAUGCAGUUUGUCAUGUUAUGCAACUUUUUUCAUCGGGCCAUAGAAUUCAGUUGUGGUACUUGUUUUAUUUAAUUUUUUUUGUUUUUGUUUUAAGGCUAAAAAUUAUAAAUUUGGAUGAAUUGGAGCAAGAUGGAAAUAAAUAACAAGGGGCUAUUCUAUAAUACGUCAUUCAUGGUAAGGAUGGGAUUGGAUGUCUUCAGGAUGUACAGUGUUGAUAAUUUGUGCAAAGAAUUUAUAAGAUGUCUCUGACCAGAUUCAUAUGUCUUA